UCUUUGGUCUUGGAGUUGUGUUAAUUCAUAAGUUGAGUUGAAGUUCUGUUCGUUAGUAGGUGUAACUUGUAUAGAGUUCAUUUGUGUUAAAUAAGUUAUUUUAAUUACAUAGAUAUCGUAGUAAUAAAAUACUUUAACACAAUGUCGAAACCUAAUGAUAGAGGCAUCAAUUAUCAAACUUACAAAUUAGUGAUCGUUGGUGGUGGUGGUGUUGGAAAAUCUGCCAUCACUUUGCAGUUUAUUCAAAGCUAUUUUGUAACAGACUAUGAUCCUACAAUUGAAGAUUCAUAUACCAAACAAUGUGUUAUCGAUGAAAUUCCUGCAAAACUUGACAUUUUGGAUACUGCUGGACAAGAAGAAUUUAGUGCUAUGAGGGAACAAUACAUGAGAUCCGGUGAAGGUUUCUUACUAGUCUUCUCUGUGACUGAAAGAUCUAGUUUCGAAGAAAUAUACAAAUUCCAUAAGCAAAUUCUCAGAGUUAAAGAUAGAGAUGAAUUUCCAAUGUUGAUGGUUGGAAAUAAGGUUGAUCUGGAACACCAAAGAACAGUAUAUCAAGAAGAAGCACAACAAUUAGCUAGACAACUGAAAAUUCCUUACAUUGAGUGUAGUGCCAAAAUGAAGAUGAAUGUUGAUAAUGCAUUCUAUGAAUUGGUUAGGGUUGUGAGAAAAUUUCAGAUGUCUGAAAGGCCACCUCUCAAACCUAGUUACAUGAAGAGGAACAAGAAGAAAUGCUGCGUUCUUUAAAAAAUUAGUUAGGGUGAAAGAAGCAUCACAAUAAGAUUUUAUGAGAGAAAUUUAUAUUAUUUUUUUAAGAAAAUGCGUUUUGAAGACAUUAAUUAACAUAUCAGAACUACUCUUUAUCUUUUGAAUUGUUGAAGAAACAUGAUUUGAUAUUUUUUUCUUUCGAUAGGAUAUCUUCAAUUUCAUUUGAAUUUUAUCCAGAAAGUUUCAACAUCACAAUGUUGAUAGGACAAGAAUAUCCUCAACACAAAUUUAUGUAUCUUAUUCGCAUAAUAAUCAAAAAAUAAUUAACUGCACACCAAUAUACUGAAAGCAUUGCUUAUUCAUUGCCUGUUCAUAUACAAUUAUUCAUACUCGGAAUAAAAAUAUAAAAUCACUUCUCAAAAAAUUUUGAAGAAUAAGCUGAUUGGUGAUGAAGAUCAAAAAUAUCUUGCAAAAAAGUUUGUGACAAGAUUUUUUUAAAUUCAAGGACAUUUUUAUAUUUUUGGUUUAUACAGUUAUGACUUUCAGAUAAUUGAUUUUUACUAUCAAUAUUUUGACAGUAUAUAGGGUUUUUCAUGCAAAAUGUCCAGUAGAAGUAUCUAGUGAGUAGAUUUUUUUUCUGUAAAUCUCUAUUAAUGACACACUGUAGAAGACCUUAAAUUAAUCAGAAUGUUUCUCGAGGAUGUUCAAUUUCACCUGAAACUUUACAUCCAAUUUGAGACAAAUGUAUUAAUAUCACCAGAACCUUGAGGUUUGGGUAUGGGGAAAUUCAAAUAUGCUGUAGUUGAAAGAUUGUAGAAAAUCCAAUCAUGUAAUAAAAUAUAGGCUUCUCCAAAACAAGAAUAUUCUAGAUAAAUAGGUCCCGGUCAUUCGUUAUGAUAUUCAAAUUUUCGGAUAAAAAUCUCAUUAGGUUAUGUAAAUACUUCUAGUGGACACUUUUUAUGAACCACCCUGAAAUGAUGUAAGUAAUUGGAUAUGCUGAUAUCCAAUUUUUUAAUAAUCAUCACUUUGCAAAUGAUAGUAGAGGAGACAGAGUCCUUACCAUUGUGUUUAAUUAUUUGGGGAGAUUCUUGGACAGAUUUUUCUCUUAUAUUUUAUGAAACGCAUUUUAUUAGAAUAUUAAAACUGAAUUGAUGUUAACAAAUCGUUUUUGAAUGUUUGUAAUAUGUGUCUAUUAACACAUAAAAUAAUUAUUUAUUCUUAUACACUCAUAUUCAAUAUAUGUAAUUAAUUACAUAUUCUUUUUGAAUAUAUAUUUUGCUGAUCUAGAAUGGAUCUAGUAAUUUUCCUUUUUGAAUUUGUGAAGCAUCUCUCCUUUGAGUUAGAUAAGUGUAUCCAAUUCAUGUUCCGGAUAUUUGAUAAAAAUUACAUUUCAGUGGAAAAUGCGUGAAUUAUCAAAGUGGAGGUUAUUGGAAACACCAAUUUUAUUUUUAUAAGAGUAAUAUUUUUCUAAGUGUAUAUUUAUCUCUAUCAGCGCUAAGGUAUGAUUCUAGAAACUGGUGUUCAUAAUGAAAAGAUCUCUUGUAUUAAAUAUUACACAGUACAAUAAAUAUACCAAUUUUAAUACGCAACAUUCUCAAUGAAGUUUUCCAGACUGAAAUCUUUUCAUCCUGGAAAAAAUUCACUGCCAUCUAUCUAUAGGCAGAAGUAAAAAAAUUAAUGUCAAUUGCAUAAUAAACUAACCACUGAACAACUGUACAAUAAUAUUAUGUUUUAUUCUUGUUUAUAGACCUUUAUAUACAAGGGUUUUAGUGACAUCAAAAACAAACUUGGUGUUAAUUUUGAGAUAUAUUAAUAAAAUCUAAUUUACCUUGAAUCCAUGUGACCCAAAUAAAAUAGUUUUUAUAAUAAAUUGGAAGAUCAAUACAGAUAUUUUAAUUCAGAUGCUAUUUACAUUUACAUAUUAAUUAAGAUAUUCAAUUUUAUUGAUAUAUUGUUUAUGAAGAAUAUAUUUUUAUCAUUUUCCUGAAUAAAUUGUAAUUGAGAUUUAACAAAACAUGAGAGCUUUUCUGUGAAAAAUGGGCAGCUGUCUGCCAAUAUUUAAAUGUUGUUUGAAUUCCAUCUAAUUUUUGUGCAAUAAACGGAAUCGUUAUUGAUGAUGAA